GUGUGUGUGGUUUUAUUGUUCCACUGUGUUUGUGUUCUACGGAGUCGAGACUUUGAUUUAUCAGUUAGAUAAAAUUAUCGCUUCUAUAAUUAACACAUAGAUGUACUAAAUCAAUCGGAAUGGCGACGAUAGCGGAUUUAAGAAGUUCGUUCGAGGCUAAAUUGAAGGAAGGCAUACCAAAUCCGCCGGGAGAAUUUCAUCCAUUGGAUUUGGACCGUGUGAAAGACGAUAAGUACCUCCAAAGGGUACUAAAUCACGAAGAGAAUGACAUUAAACGUUCUACUGAUAUGUUGUGGGAGAUACUUUUGUGGCGGAAGACUGUGGGAGCGAAUGAUAUCAAUGAAACUAACAUACGAUUGGAUUAUAUGAAAGAAGGUAUAUUUUUUCCACACGGCAGAGAUAUUGAUGGUAGUUUAGUGCUUAUUAUAAAGUCUAAAUUACAUGUCAAAGGUCAAAAAGAUUUUGAAGAGAUAAAAAAGAUACUAAUUUAUUGGCUAGACCGCAUAGAGAGGGAAGAAAAUGGUAAAAAGAUCACACUUUUCUUUGAUAUGGAAGGCUGCGGACUGGGCAAUAUGGAUAUGGAAUUGAUAAAGUAUGUAAUUAAUCUUUUCAAGUUGUAUUAUCCUUACUUUUUGAAUUAUAUUGUUAUUUAUCAGAUGCCAUGGGUGUUAAAUGCUGCAUUUAAAGUUGUUAAAACAUUGUUGCCGGCGAAAGCGGUUGAGCGAAUGAAAUUUGCGAAUAAAGAUACUUUGAAAGAUGUUAUCGCUCCAGAUCAGGCUUUAAUUUGUUGGGGAGGUAAAGAUCCAUAUGUAUUUGAGUUUGUGCCAGAACCUAGAGGCAGUUCGGAACAUACCCCGAAGAAAGUAACAUUUGCUGAACAAGGAGACAACCAACAUUCGCCUGGUGAGAUGCUCCGGUUAGUGCCGAAUGACACAAUCGUUUUCAAGAAUGAGAAUGAUGAAUUAUCUGGUCAGUUCACUAUAACAAACAUGGAUGAGAGUGCCAUUUCUUUCAAAAUUCGAACUACUUCACCUGAGAAGUUCCGUGUGAGGCCGAGCUCUGGUACUCUGCCUAGUGGUGCGUCACAGGUAGUUCUGAUCGUCGUGCAACAUGGCUUCCACUUACGUACAGUGACCAAAGACAGAUUCCUCGUGAUGUCUGUUCAAAUUCCCAAAGCUGAUUUAUCGGGCAAGGAAUUAGCCGAAGUAUGGCAAAAUUCAACAGGAAGCAAAGUCGACGAGUAUAGACUCAAAUGUCAGUUUCCAGAGAAAGAAUUGUCGAGAAACGGUAACAUUACAGAAGGUAGGAUGACAGAAAAGCCAGAUUCGGUUACGAACGCCUUGAACAAUUUACAACAGAACUAUGCUGUUCUCCAUAAUGAUAUGCGGAAGUUGAAAAUAUUGCAUUUCUUAACGCUUUUUAUGACUGCAGCCGCUGUCAUUCUUGGUUACCUCGUGUACAAAAACGCAAGCGAAGAAGGCAGAUACUGUGAGCGAAUUUAGCCCUUAAACAUAGUGGUAUUAGAUACCACUAUUCCUAUAGACAAUAUUUUGAAUUUACUACUUUUUAUUAUUUUGUUAUUCAACACUGGAUUAUUUGUCAUAUAUUGCCAGUUAGUCCAAAAAGUGGAAUUAUUACAUUGUAAUUAGUGACCAUUUUUGAUUGAAGUAUUCCAGACAU